UGGCCUGGGCGGAAAUAGGAAGUGGGCGAGCCGGGGAGACGGCUGAGACCCUUAAGGCUGCGGCUGUGGAGCUGGGCUGGCGCCGGGCAGAUGGCGGAGAAGUUUGACCACCUGGAGGAGCACCUGGAGAAGUUCGUGGAGAACAUCCGGCAGCUGGGCAUCAUCGUCAGCGACUUCCAGCCCAGCAGCCAGACCGGGCUCAACCAGAAGCUGAAUUUCAUCGUCACUGGUUUACAGGAUAUAGAUAAGUGCAGACAGCAGCUUCACGACAUUACUGUCCCUUUAGAAGUUUUUGAGUACAUCGAUCAAGGUCGGAACCCCCAGCUCUACACCAAAGAGUGCCUGGAGAGGGCUCUAGCCAAAAAUGAGCAGGUUAAAGGCAAGAUCGACACCAUGAAGAAAUUUAAGAGCCUGUUGAUUCAAGAGCUGUCUAAAGUUUUUCCAGAAGACAUGGCUAAGUACCGAAGCAUCCGGGGAGAGGAUCACCCGCCGUCCUAAGUGUGCGACACCCCAGAUCCCCAGGAAUUCCCGGGAUGGAGCCGGCGGGGGCCUGUGACCGUCAGCACUAACCCUCUUUGCCCACAAGGACUGGCCCGGGACUGUGCCCAGUCCCUGUCCCCAUCGUCUGACCUGGUGGGGUGGCGGAGCUGGUGGAGGCACGGAGCUGUGACCUCACAUUGGCGGUCACAGGUCCUUGAGGGAGAGGGGCACAGAAAACAGUUUUGGAAAUAAUCAAUACGAUGGAUAAAUUGAAAGUUAAAAAAUUCCAUUUGAAUUUUUAUAUGUAUUCUUUUUGUUCCAUUCUACUGUGGCUUUAGAAAACUAAAAAAUUGGUUUUGUAUUUUACAUUUUCAAGUGCAGUUCAUAAAGACUGCACUGUUUUUGCAGUUUCAGUUGGACAUGUGUACAGUAAAGUCUUUUAAGUAUU